AUGUCUACCUCUUUCAAGAUCAAAAUUGGUGGCAAGUCCAGCAUCCCCCCAGACUCGCGGCCGGCCAAGCGGAGAGCGCAGCGUAUUGCCUACACUGACGACGAAGAUGACGCCGCCGACGCGGCCUCGGCCGCACCAGUGCACAAGAAGGCUCGCACAGUGAGCCGCGCCGCGUCAGCAGACCCCGAGGAGGGUAGCUUGGUGGACGAGGACGUCGACGUGGACAUCGACGGCGAUGAUCACGGCAACACCAACGCCGACGACACACGGUUCCUGCCCGACCCGCAGGCGAGCACGUCGCGGCCCCUCUCCCCAGUGCAGCAGAGCGUGAAGUUGCGCCUGCCAGGUAACAUCUCUGCGAUGGCGUCCACCCUGCCCGAUAGCACGAAGAACCGGGGGAAGGACAAGCGGAUCGUGAAGCCGACGAAGAAGGUCAAGCGUUCCGUCGUGUUCUCGGACUCGGAGGACGAGCGGUUUGCGCCGCCUCGCCGCGCGAAGAGCAAGAGCAAGGGCAUGGAUGAGGGGUUCGAGCUCGACGCCGAGGUUGUAGCGUCCAAGAAAACCUCCCGCGCUUCUAGCGUUACGAAGACGGCCAAGGCGAGCGGGAGUGGGAAGGAGAAAGAAAAGGAGAAGGAGAAGGAGCCUCCUGUUCCUCCCGUCGUGGAUCCGGCGAGGCGCGAAGACUCCGGUCCUAGGAGCAUGCCAGACCCGUUGAGCGAACCUAUACCCAAGAAACGCAAGCUGCCGCCUAUCAAGAAAAACAAGCAGCCGGGGUCCGGUUCAGCUGGCCCUUCCACCCCAGCGUCGCACAGGACGGUGCCCCCUGCUCCUACUCCUGUUGAGAAACGAGAAGGACUCGCUCCGACGACAAACCAGGUCGGCCAACGCAAACCCGCCGGGGCUUCGACCGAUCUCAACCUUUUGGACUCGUCUGUGUACUCUGAGUUGUUCAGAAGCGCGCAACCAGGUGCCUCUGCCUCGUCCUCUGGGACGGAUAGGAAGCAGAAAGAAGAGGCACGGAGGAAAGAGCUCAACAAAAUGCGAGAUGAGGCUCGGGCGAAGCGAGAGGCUGAUGCGAGAAAACAUACGUUUGACCUUCAGGCUGCACCCGACAAGGUCCAGCAGUAUGAAGAGAUAAUCAAAGCACGACAGUCGCCGGCAGCGUUUCCCAACAUCCUUGGGGCAUCGCUCAAGGAGCUAUUCCUCAGGACUCACGCACAAAGUAAUCGUUCCCCUCUCCGCCAUCAAUAG